CCCAAAGGGGUGGGAGGCUGACUUCUCUUCUGGCUCCGGCCGGACUCCGAAUGGGAACGUCUGCCAUCUACAUCCUCCCACCCGGGUUAGAGGUGAGAGGUCAGAGGCUGCGUCCUCUCUCUGGUGUUUGGACCUCAGGCCCAUCUUUGGAACAAGAUCAGGGAACUACAUUCCAGCUUCAGCUUAGGUGGAGCUUGAGAUCCUGAGAUUCUCCUGGCAGAGAAAGUAUUUUGACCUUGGCAUCUAGACAUCUCCCAUCUCCCCCAUGGCCCUGACAAUGCUGAAUGAGCUCCUGAUUGAGGACCCAAACGCACCUAUGCUGCUGUAUCAGGUUAGCAAGACUGCUCAGUUAGAUACCGUCAACUACCAAAGCUGCUUUAUGCAAGGUGUCUUUGCCCAUUUCCCUGAGAUCUUAUUUAUCCACCGGACCUAUAACCCAGUAGGCAAGGUGCUAUAUACCUUCCUGGUAGAUGGACCUCGGGUGCAGCUGGAGGGUCAUCUUGCCCGGGCAGUCUACUUCGCCAUUCCUGCCAAGGAGGAUGCUGAGGGCCUGGCCCAGAUGUUCCAGGUGUUCAAGAAGUUUAACCCAGCAUGGGAGAGAGUCUGUACCAUCCUGGUGGAUCCCCACUUCCUCCCGCUGCCCACCCUCGCAAUGGAGUUCCCCGCAGCCGAGGUCCUGCUCUCAGCCUUUCACAUCUGUAAGUUCCUCCAGGGCAAGUUCUAUCAGCUGUCCCUUGAACAGCCUGUGGAGAGGGUGCUCCUCACUUCGCUUCAGAGCACGAUGUGCUCGGCCACAGCUGGCAACCUGAGGAAGCUCUAUACACUCCUGAGCAGCUGCAUCCCUCCGACCCAGCUGCCUGAGCUCCACUCACACUGGCUGCUCAAUGACCGCAUCUGGCUGGCCCACCGCUGGAGAAGCCGAGCUGAGAGCAGCCGCUACUUCCAGGGCCUGGAGGUCACCACCCGUGUCCUCAGCCAGCUCUUCGGCACCACUCCAUGUGUGGAACAAGGCAUGGCCUCUCUGCUCCGAUACAUGCAGCAGAACGCGGGAGACGAGGCAAGCUUCAGCCUGGGCCUGAGUCCCCAGAACAGUCGCGCCCCCUUAGACGUCAGCCCCGAAAGCCCCAAAGUGGAGCAGCUGGUAGAAGCCCGCAUCCAGCGCUCCCUCAAUGCCAUCUGCACGGGGCCGGCCGCCCAGCUCUGUCUGGGUGAGCUCGCUGUGGUCCAGAAAUCUGUGCACCUCAUCGGCUCCGGCUCGGAGAAGGUGAACAUCCAGAUCCUGGAGGACACCCAUCGGGUGCAGCCCCAGCCCCCUACCAGCUGCAGCUGCUACUUUCACCAGGCCUUCCGCCUGCCCUGCCGCCACGUCCUGGCCAUGCUCAGUGCCCGCCACCAGGUGCUCCAGCCCGACAUGCUGCCAGCCCGGUGGACGGCAGGCUGUGCCGCCGGUCUAGACAACAUCCUGGGCAGCAAGUGGAGUGAGACGCUGGAUAAGCACUUGGCCGUGGCUCUCCUCACCGAGGAGGUGGGUCAGCUCUUGCAGCACUGCAGCCAGGAGGAGUUUGAACGGAGGUACAACACCCUGCGGGAGCUGGCCGACAGCUGGAUCGGCCCUUAUGAGCAGGUCCAGCUCUGAUUAACCCUCCAUGCCCAGAGAUGCACAUGCACAUGUACACACUCACAUCCACCCCUAUACACACAACAUAGAGUCACACUACUACACUUCCGUGGGCCCACCGCGCCCCCUCCGUGGCCCCCUCUGGCUCCGGAUGCACCAUCAUGAAAGCUUGCCUUCCAGGAAAGGACAAGGGCCUUCUAUUCUACCACAGCCUGUUACCUAAAAUGUGUCUAGUUCCUAAGACAGGAGUCAACAAACCUUUUCUGUAAAGGGCCUGGUGGUGAAUAUUUUAGACUUUGCUGGCCACAGUUUCUGUUGUAUGUUCUUGGUUUGCUUUUGUUUGGCAGCCUCUUCAAAGGCUUAAAAACCAUUCUUAGCUCCAGGGCCUUAGAAAAAGGUGGCCCUGCUCUAGGAUAAGACACUGGGUGGAGAUCAAGGGCAGGGCUUUGGUAACAGCUUCCCCAGUCAUUAGAUGACUCACCUGACCCACAGAGGAGAGGCGGUGGAUCCCAGCCUUUGCCCCUGGCCCCCACCUGGAGGUCAUUAAAGUCAAUGUUGCCUAUUCCAGCACUCGUCUUGUCUUGUCUUCUAGAAGGCAGCAGAGCAAAUAUCGGGGAAAAGAAUAGACUUUGGAGUCUGACACUACAUGCAAAUCCCGGUUCUUUCUCUGCCUGCUUUUUGAGGCCUGACUGUAGCUUUUACUAGCUCUGGGACAUCAGGCAAGUCACCCCUCAAAAGGCUCAAUCUGUUCAUCUGUAAAAAUGGAGAUCCUCACAGCACUGCUAAGAUUAAAGAAUGCAUGUAAUGGGCCCAUGACCAGUGGGUGCUCAAAUAACUGUUCAUUUUCCUUCCUUGCUCUUGGUCCCAUCACUUGCCCUCAGCUGGCUGGGAAAUGUAAGGCAAGGGGAAAAUUCACAUUGCCUAGGACUUUGUACCAGACAUCUUGAUCGAAUCCCAAAACAAUACAAAAGAGGCCUCCACUCCAAGCCGGGCCCCCUACCUCAGGUAAUUUUCAUUACACCAUCUCCUAACUUAGUGGUGUCUGGAGAAACUUCCUGGGGUCUGGGCCCUGAUGAAAGACUUGUAUUGACCAGAGUGGCUCAAAGAACCCCCUUAUCCCCAUCCAUGUCACAGGC